UUCCAGGUUUGGGUGGCUCGUGUGAAUUGGUUUCUCUUUCUACUUGUAGGCUGCCAUGAUAAAGCCGUCCUGUUGUAUGAGUACGUAGGGAAGAGGGUGGUGGAUCUGCAGCACACAGAAGUCCCGGAUACCUACAGGGGGAGAGGAAUUGCAAAACAUCUGGCUAAGGCUGCCUUGGAUUUCGUGGUGGAGGAAGAUUUGAAAGCCCACCUGACAUGUUGGUAUAUUCAGAAAUACGUCAAGGAGAACCCCCUGCCACAGUAUCUGGAACGUUUACAGUCUUAACACAGGCAAGCGGGAGAGCCUUGUUUGAAGAUGGCAGCCAGGCCUGCUGUUGACUCUCCUUUGCCUCCAAGCUGUCGUGGGGACCCCUGACCUGCCUCUGCACAUGCUCAGAGUUCCUACUUUCGAACAGACCAAAUGGCAUGAUUUCUCAACGAUGCUUCCAACCAGCUCUCCUCAUGGUUUGGCUGACCUAGCAUAUUACGGUUUGCGUUUGCCUUUUCUUCCACGGGAAACCGUCAGGUGUCAAAGUAGACCUCCUGAGGGUUUUAUUAACUUUUGGCAAUAGAAGGGAUGGGGUGGGUCAGGUCUUCCUUCCCGAAGGAAUGAGUGUUGAGCAAAAGGAGGUGAGCUUGGCAGCUGUUGGCUUGUUAACCUGCAGCAGCGUUGAGAAGACCGAAGCCAAGCUAUGGGCCUCCAAGGGGAUCUUUGGACACCUGGCUACGUCGGCCACGUGGGAACGUGCAGGCUAGACUCAGAGGCGAAAGCAAGAUGCUAAAUGCAAUAAAUGUUGCGCUCUGGCAAUGAGAUCUCACAGGCCCGGUGUGCCUGUCGAAACAUGGACUGAAGUGGAGAAAGGACUUUCACUGAGUGGGGCGUCUGCUCAGCCGAGCUGCAAAGGGUAAUGUGAUGAUCUGGGGUUUUUUUGCAGGGGGUGAAUGAGAGGGUUAGAAGGAUUCUACUGACCAUCUCAGAAGAAAGGGGCUGGCAUAGCUUUUUAUAACACUUUGGUGGAACUUCCCUCCCCCCUUGAUCUCUUCUCCUCUGGUGGGGGACGUUUCCUGUUAUACAGAAUAAGAAAAGCAAAUUUGAGGUGAAGGGAUGAGAGGAACAGACCUAGUGAACGGUGAGUGUGGUGCCUCUGCUCAACACACGGUGGGCAUCUCCAACCGGAGCAGAAUCUUGACUCAAGCCAUUUUUUUUUUUAAAAGGAUCCAUAACGCAGACAGUGCAAGUCAGGUGGAAUCCUACCAGCGGAACGGCCAGGGAUCUGGUGGGGUGCUUUGAGAUUCGUUGGCAAACCGGUUCAAAAAAAGAGGAGUCUGAAGCGGGUGGUUCUACUAUGGUUGGCUUUCUAGCUGCGGUCAAAGUCUCAGCAUCUCACAUCCUUCGCUUCUGGCUAUGAUGGCUGGGGGCAGCUGGGGAGAGUAGUCAGAAACAUACAGAGCGCCGCUGAUUGGCUGUUUCUA